GCCAAUGUAGAAGCACCGAUACAUCAUGGAAUAAAUCAUCCUAAAGCAGCGGAUUCAGAAAAUAUUUAUGUAAAUGAAGAUGCUCCAAAGCCAAAGAAAACUGUGCAUACAGGUGCUGCAGUAUUUCUUGGUCUGCUGUGUCUUCUCCUCACAGCUGGACUCAUAGCUCUGGUUUUCUUGUUUACCAAGAACAACGCUGAGUGGGAAAUGAAGAUGACUCAGAUGGAGAUGAAUUACACCAAUCUGACAAAUGAAAGAAACUCUUUGUGGAUGCGUCUAAACAACUUGAUUUCAGUGAGGGAGUCUUGUGAAAACUGGAUGAAGUUUGACAACGGCUUUUACUUCAUAUCGACUGAACAGAAGACGUGGAUGGAAAGCAGACAGGAGUGUAAGAAGAAAGGAGCUGACCUGGUGAUCAUCAGUGGAGAGGAAAUGCAGAAAUUUGUGACUUCCUUCAACAAAAGAGUUUGGAUCGGGCUGACGGAUGUGGAAAAGGAGGGGGUGUGGAAAUGGGUUGAUGGGACAACACUGAACAUAAGUUUCUGGAAAGAUAAACAGCCUGACAGUAAUCAAGGACACUCUGAAGAGGACUGUGCUGAGAUCUACGUCUCUGACCCAUCACUGCGAUGGAAUGACAUUCCUUGUUUGCAGAAAAAUUACUGGAUCUGUGAAAGACUUUUAAAGUAA